AUGACCAGCGCAAGUGUAGCCACAACCACGCCCACGAUCGCCACUUUGAACCAUGUACCCCUCCACCACAAGCGAGUGCCGACGCAAGAGCUGCCCGAUCAAGUGACCAAGCACCUGGCCAUGGUCGUGCCUUGUCAAGAAAACAUCGACGUGUCGAUGUUGCAGCAACGGAUCGUCCAUGGCGGUCGCAAGCUCUGGGAUCCAGCCAACCAGAAGGACAACGUCCCAGUGCGUCGAGCGGGGCACGAUACGUGGGGCAUUGACAAAGUCGUCUUUGUCUUUGGCGACGACUACUUGACAAGCGUCUUGACGUUCCCGUACUUCCACUCGUGGCACAAGGAACUCACGUCCAUUUUCGAGCAGGUCAACAUUCCGCUGCGCUCUGUCGUGCGCUGUAUCUUGGCGUCGAUGCCGCCAGGAGCGACCAUUCCAGUUCAUCACGACACAGGGUCCUGGGUGCACUUUACGCACCGCAUGCACCUUCCAGUGUUCACGAGUCCCGACGUUGACUUUCGAGUCGGUCCCAAUGACGACAACAUGCAGCGCUAUGAGCUCCAGCAAGGCACGCUCUACGAGCUCAACAAUAUCAGUCGCCACAGCGUCAAGAACAAUUGGGAUCAGCACCGCGUCCAUUUGAUUUUCGACUACGUUGAAGACGGCUUUCCGCUGAACCGCGUGGACCUCAAGCCUGGUACGGUCGUGUGGCAGACGCGUCGCUCGGUCGACUUGUCCACCGAUUACGGCAAGCGGUUGCCUCCGUCGUUCAUAAUUAUUGGCUCACAGAAAGCAGGCACAACGUCAUUGUACGACUACAUCUUGCAGCACGACCUUGUAUGGCCUGCCAAGCGCAAGGAGACUCACUACUUUGACUGGCGCUGGAAUCAAAAGCUCUUAGAUCCAUCCACGCCCGAAGGUGCCAAGCAACAUCUGCGGUACUAUGAGGAUACGUACUUCGAGAGGAAGAUUUUGUACCGAUAUCCAUCGCUGAUGACGGGUGAAGCCACGCCUAGUUACAUGCUCGGUGGAUCGACGGUGAUCAAUCGCAUGAAGCAGGUCAUCCCGCAUUGCCGGAAGAUCUUAGCCAUUAUGCGAAACCCGCUGGAGCGCGCUUACUCGCACUUUUCAAUGACUGCCGACAUCGAGGGCUCGGAGAAACAACUGCACAACCGUGGCCAUCAUUUUCUAAAUGGACGUAGCUUCGAGCAGAUCGUCGAUGAUGAGCUCCAAGAGCUCUCGAUGCUCGGUGUACACCCGGACAUGGAUUUCGAGGAAUUUGAUGAUAAAGUGAUGCGCCAGCGUCUUGCCUUCGACCACGGCGCGCACUCGUUUGUGGCCCGUGGUUUGUACGCUCUACAGUUAAAAGGCUGGAUAGAGGCAUACGGUAUCGAGAACACAAUGCUGCUCACUCUUGACGAAUUCGAAACCACUGAGAAGCUCCAUAUCACCAUGGACAAAGUGUUCAAGUUUCUGGGUCUGCCGUAUCACCGGAUCAAGGACCCGUCAGCCAAGAACACACGCAAGUAUGAUCCCAUGGACGACGCCGUCCGCGCCAGGCUGGCUGCCUUCUACGCACCAUACAAUGAAAAGCUGUGUGAGAUGCUUGGUCGCCGUCUUGGCUGGUAG